AUGGCUACUAUUCCCCUUGUCCAAGUUGGUCUCAACGUCGCCGCCGCCAACGCGGAAAUCCCUCCCAACAACUCCCAGGACACAGUUGCGAUGGACGAUGCUACCCACACCGACGUGCCCAUCGAUGUCGACCCGGAUAGCGCUUCACGCUGCCAUCUCUACACCGGCGCAUUCGUCGACGUUAUUGAGGGAACUCGUGAGGGGAUCUUCAAGUGUGGUAGUUGCCGUGUGAGGAACAAGGUUGUUGUCGGGAAGAUGGAAGCCCUCUAUGUUGUCACUCGAGGCGAUGGGUGUGUGGGGAUUUUCAAAAAUUAUGCCGCCGCCGAGAAAGCUGCCAAGAAGACCCCCUUCAAAAAGGUGUACCAUAUCAAGGACGCCGUGGAACUUCUCAUGGCCGCCCUCGACGACGAGGAAACCCUGAGGAAGCUUUUUGGUACCCAGUAG